AUGCGAUCCAAAGAGCUGUCGCGUGCAGCAGCAUCGUCGGCCCCAGACCCACCGCGCCCGGAGUGCUCGAGUACGGCUCCGUCCGCACUCACACCCACGCUGACGAGCUCGUUGCUCCGGCUGGACCAUACCAACCCAUUGCUGGUGGGCACCUCGGCGGUGGGCUUGACGCUGUCGAGCUAUUGGAUCUGGGCGCGCUAUCUUCGUAGGGUUGCGAACGUCGAGCAACUCACCGCAGCGCAUCUCAACGGGCGCGCCAUGCGCGGAAUCGUAACGAGGUAAGUCGGUCGGUCGUCGUGAUCUUUCGUAGUCGACGUGAUGUGGGGUCGCGUCGGGCGCGUUCCGGUUGCCGUGCUCGCGGGCUGACAAUUUCAUUCGCCGUAUGGCAACGAACCACAAUGACGUCGAAUUACCACACCACAUCGCAUCACAUCGCAUCACAUCACAUCACACCGCCGACCGGGGCUUGGCUCGGCAAACCAAUCUCAGCGUGGGCGAUGCCGACAAUUUUCGGCUCUACCACAAACCGUGGUGGGCCUUCUAUCGAAGAGUGCCCACCACUCGAGCCGGUAGGUUCGGUUGGUCACGAUGAAGCCCUUUGCGUUUCUUGCAGUGCAGUGCUGCAGUGCCAUCGUCACAACCUCGGUUCAAGGCGAGUACCUCAAACGCCCCGAAGCUCUUUCGUUGAACCGCGUUUCCUGUCGCAGGCCUAAAGAAUCAGACUCUGCACGUCAGACUGGCGGGAGUCGAUGCGCCCGAGGUGAGUUGGCCCUGACCCGAUCGCUAACUCUCGUCCCACCCUCUCCGCGGAAUGGCUCAUUCGCCUCGUCAUGCGUCGGAGAGGAUAUCUCAUAGCUUGCCCAUUUCGGCAACCCUGCUCAGGCUUAUUCGGCCGAGGCGUUGGAUUGGUAAGGGCUGUCUCGUCUCAAGCCCACCCCGGUGCGAGAGAGAACUGCGCAGUUCAGCUGACCGACACCCUGACGCGCAACAUGUGUUAGGCUCACCCAAAGCAUGCUCGGACGGACUGUCCACGUCGAGCUUUACAGUAGAGACCGCUACGGAAGGGUAGUGAGUGUCACGAGAGCUCGUGUGAGAAGGCUGCCAGCUGACUGGCCCCGCGCCGCAAUUCUUCGUUGGCAUCAUCCGCCCGGGCUGCAAGGUUGGUAUGGCUUACGUUCGCAAAUUCCCUUUCAUCUUUCGACGGAACGUCAGCGAAGAGAUGUUGAAGCGAGGUCGUAAGUGCCGGCCGCUUGUGAUCCCAAUCGUGCUGCUGCUGUUCCACUUGGCUCACCAACAUCGAUUUGACAUCAGUUGCCACGGUCUACACUCAAGGAGGCGCCGUUCACGCAGGACUACUUCACCGCUUCGAAGAAACCGAAGCGAAAGCCAGGUGAGCUUGACUCGAGAACUCUCAGGACCGUGGAAUGGGACGUGUUUUGAACCAUGCGGUCGAUCGCCAUCGGAUCUCGCCCGGCAGACGUCGAAAAGUCGGCAUGUGGGCUCAAGCAUCCACCGAGUAUGAGAGCCCGGCUGCUUACAAAGCUCGGACCCGGACCUGA